AUGGCGGGAAUCGGUUCUCUGCGGCCCACGUCGAACCCUCAAGUCCGCUUCUCCCUCGCUACUCCCUUAAACCCACUGCGCCUCCCGACGAGAUAUCCCGUCCACCACGGAUUCCCCAGGCGCUCCAGGUUCCCAAGUUAGUGUCUUGUUCUUCGGCCGCCUUUCCUCUCCCCCGAUCCUGAUUCCCGACUCCUGUGAAUUAGUCUCCUGUUCUUUGUUCUGAAUGCAGGAAUAUAUGCUUUGACGAGCAACGACAUUAAGGUGGGCAUCAACGUUGAAGUGGACGGGGCUCCAUGGAGGGUUUUAGGUACGAUUUGCUGUUCUUGCUCCAGGGGUUUCUUCUGUUGUCAACGCUGGCAUCCCACAUUUUGAAAAAUGAUAUUCUUAUCGGAGAUAAAAUCAUAUUGAUGAUUUUUGAAAAAUUCCUGGCGUCGUUAUGCAUAAGAGUGCGAUUGCCCUUGUAUUAUUUCGUGUUUAUUUUUUUCUUCGGAAUGCAUUUCUGUGUAACUAACCUGUACAGUCUUAUUGGUCGAGCUCCCGAGCUUUUAUGAAAACUUCUUUUUUCUGAUGCACUUCCACUAGCGUUUCUGACCCAUUUUUACUGCAAAAUCAUGUUUGUUCAUAGCUGUUAUCGUUUCUCGAUAUCAUAUCAACCGGUCUGCCUGUAAUGGGGUAAGGGCUUUCAGGGUUCUAAGAAAGAAAAAAAAUUGACCACGUCGGGAAUUAAAUAUAAUUACCUCUCAAGAAGGAGUGCAGGAGAACGUUUGGUAGCGAAAUUGGUGGAAAAUUUUUUUUUUCUUGUUCAUAUUAAUGCAUGAUAUGUUCUUUCUAGGAAAAAAUAUAACGACAAUCCUCAAUUUAUUUCAUAUCUGUUGAUAUCAUCUGGAUACUGUACCGCAGCUUGUUACUUUAAUAGUCAGCUUUUUUUCACCAUGAGCUCAGUGACUGUAGUAACCCCUAAAUUGGGGAAGUAAGCCUCCAGUCAUGAGUAUUAGUUAUUCGAUGAACUUGUAGAGAGAGGGAUGAACCUCGGUCUACAUUGCGGCUCCUCUGGUUGAGGUUAGUUUCUUGUAUGGCAUAGCUGACUGAAGAACUGUAGAAAUAUUGGCUGUGGGAUUGCCCUAGCAUAGAUUUGAGUGUCUGGUUACCACUCAUCCCCCAUUGGAGCUGCAUCUUCCCUUCCUCCUCCCCCUUUCAAUUCAAUGUGGGUUCGAACCAACUCUUGUGCCUUGUGUAAUACACGCAGUUGAAGAAACGAAGAAUAGAAAAAUUCUUUUUUCGUAAACAUUUUUUCUCCAUUAACUACGACUAUAGUGGGUUUUUGGCAUUACUUUUUUUCUUUUUGUUUGCAUGAAAUAAAAAAAUAAAAAUAAACGACGAUUCCUUUAUUUUCUUGAAGAAAAUUGAUUUGGUCGUUCGUAUUUACCCCGGCUGAAACUAUUUUUUCGUAAAAAGCACAAUUAGCCUCCCCCACCAGACUGCCCACCCAUUUUCGUACUUGGGGCCAUUUGCGUUGGUGUUUGACUACGGAUCUUUUGGACACAGGUUGGCAAAACAGUUCCCAGUUCUCCAAUAGUUUGGCAAGUUUGACUUUUUAAUUCCCAUGAAGCGCACGAUGCGUUCAGAUAAGUAAAAAAGGAAACUUUUGGAGAAGCAGAGACAAGUACAAUAACCCACAAGAACUGGCCUUGAUCUUUUGAAAACAUUAAUGUUUUCCACCAAGUUAGGUAUCCUAUUUAAGUGGAGCCAUGAUGGUCAUUUGUUAACUCAAUCACAUCAGUGGAUAGAAAGGGCGGCGUACAGCUGGGCACUGUGGUUCAAGUCAGCUAAUGGUUGAGUAUUUAUUUAAUAUCUCUCCAGCGACUGGGUGGGCUGCGGCUGCUUAUCCAAGUUCAGUAAUCCCCAGAGGAAUAGGAGCUGGAAGCAAAUGGGAUCUUGUGAAUGAUAGUGUUUUCGAUGUAAUCUUAGCCGUCUAUCCAACCAAAGGCCAUUAAGUCGAAGAUGACCAUAAUGAAUGACCGUCGACUUAAUAAGAUGCUGUGUAUCUAUUGAUCUAUAGAUCUAUGAAUAUGCUUGUGGUGGACUACUGCAGAAUUUCUUCACGUGAAACCCGGAAAAGGUGCGGCCUUUGUGAGGACCAAAAUGCGCAACUACAUUACAGGCAACGUUGUGGAGAAGACUUUUCGAGCUGGCGGCACGGUAAUGUCCCAUUUCAGACCGUGGCCCUCUGUGCGGUCUUACAUGGCUAGGAAACUUGGUUUCUGAAAACAGUAAAUCAUCCGAAAAUUAUCAGCCAAUUAAUGAUGAUCUUCCUGAGAAAUUUUCUUUUCUGUUUCUAGCAUAUUCACCAUUCCAAAAUAAAUAAAUAUAUAUAAAAAUAUACAUUUAUUCCUUUUUUUUCUCCGCGUUUAAAAUCCAUUAUUACCCUUUUUCCCAGUUAAGCGAGGCAAAUGUGUCCAAAGAGACUAAGCAAUUCACCUACAAGGAUGGUUCUCAGUUCGUCUUCAUGGAUCUGGUAUCACUCUCACUUUCUUCUAUGCUCGUCCCCUUUAGGAAGCCGUCAUGGGAGCAGGGGUGCGCUCUUCAUGAGCUUUUUUACGUUGGAGUUCAGAGAAGCUUACGCAUCGCUCCCCUGCAGUCUUCCUACGAAGAGAUCCGUCUGAAUGAGAAGGAUGUCGGGGACAAGGUGAAGUGGCUGAAAGAGGGCAUGGACUGCAUUCUUCUCUCUUGGAACGGGCGGGUAUGAUGCCCUCGUCACUCUGCAAUCCAGCUGCAACCUUCCCCGUCGCUAAAGCUACCCUAACAUCCCCUCUGGUGCAGGUCAUCGACUUCGAGCUCCCCAUCACGGUCAAACUGAAGGUCGUCGACGUGGACCCUGGCCUGCGAGGGGACACCGCUCAAGGUAAUGCCGAUUUCAUCCUACACUGAAUAUAAUGGCGUAAGGUGAAGCUACAGUCUCCGCACGGAGAGCGACCGGGAGGAACUGGUCCGAGUGGGUUUUCUUCCGAAGAUUAUGACUAACCUAAUUUUGUCUCCAACUUUGCAGGAGGGUCGAAGCCGGCAACGCUGGACACGGGGGCAGUCGUGAAUGUCCCUCUGUUUGUGAACACCGGAGACGAGAUACUGGUCGACACGAGAACCGGGCAGUACAUGAGCCGAGCGUAG